CUCUUCUCGCCUGUUUUCUUGUUUGGUUCUGCGUAGUUAUGCGCUGCGGAUGGAAUACAGCAUUUUUUCUUUCUUUUUUUUCUUUUUCAUGUUCAUCAUGUUCAUAUCUAUACCAUGGUAGCUACGGCUGGACGCGCGCCUGGGUCGCGACUGCCUCGCUGGUGCGUUUCUCUGGAGCUCUUGCCUCUUGAUGGGCUCUUGCCUCGCAGGCAAGCUCUUGCCCGCCUACACCUCAUAAAUACUCGACUUCUCGCCUGCUGCUGGUGCUGCACUUUACCCGUCUGUCCUCUAUCACCGCGUCGACAUGCCACAGGACUGAGCGGCGUGGAUACAAGUACAUCGCGUCAGUGCCUACCAUCCUAUCCUCACCUCCACACCGACUGACUGACUGACGCGUUCAUCUAGGCACCGGUGCCAGUAUGAUGCAUGGAGGCGGCUUGAACGCGCCUCGGCUCCUCGACUAUCAUGAUUGCAAGAACAACUACUGGAACCUUGUCCAAGGACGACACAGCUGCGAACAUUGCGGACACGCAAAGCAUGAUUUGAUCUACGAGUGCUGCUCAUGCCACGUUCGUGCGUGCUGCGAUUGCAAGAACGGCAGAAAUGUACGACCGAGGCUCGAAGAUGAUGUGCAUAGCCAGAACGAGGACGAGGGCGAGGGCAAGGGCAAGGAUUCCGAAGAUACACACGCUGAAGACGAGAGCAAACUUUCCGAAAACACACACGCUGAGGACAAGGGCACGGUAUGCUACCUGCACGAGGAGUGCAACCACUACAACUACAACACGCUCCGGCUUGAACAAUCCCAACGGCGCUACUUCCCGUGCGACGGAUGCGGCAACCGCAAACUCGCCUGCAUCUUCGAAUGUCAAGAUUGUCGGUACCGUGCGUGUGCACAAUGCUACCUGAAGACUCCAUUGCCUUUCCUUCAAGCCUCACGCACCGUUCGCGUGUGCCACUUGGACUCGCACGACUGGAAGCUUGCCGCCGAGCGAUACCAGAAGGUGGUUUGGGGCCCGUUUUAUUGCAGGACCUGCCGCAAGAGGACGUACCGUUUGGUGUUUGAGUGUCGUAGCUGCCGCAAGCACUACCGUCUCUGUGGCAUCUGUCUCGAGUAGGAUUCGGAGCUGAAUACUGUGGGCAUGCUUAUGU